AUGAGUGUUGGUUAUAUUCUCGGUGUCAGGGAUCUCCCAAUGGAUGAAGGAGAACCGAUGGAGGACUUUGAAAUGGCCGAAGCCGAGGAUGAAUUCGAUCAAGCUGGAAUGCAACAUGGGCUAGAUGAAGAAACGCUGCAAGAGAUCAAAGAGAAGAAAAAGAAUGGAAUGUUUGUGUCGGCUUGGGAGGAGGAUGACCAAGACGUUGAUGCGAAGGAUUUGAAUGACCCGGUCGAACGCUACCUCACCGCUGCUGAAGAGGGCCGAAUGGAGGAGCUGCAGCGAUUUCUACUGGACGAUCCAGAGCUUUUACAUAAAGUUGACGUUGACGGUUAUACAGCCCUUCACCGUGCCUCCUACAACAAUCAUCUGCACAUUGUCGACUUUUUAGUGGAAAAGGGUGCAAAUCUUGAAGCCCGAACUGGCCAAGGGUGGACACCACUCCAUUCCGCGUGUAACUGGGGCAACUAUGAAAUUGUUGGAAGGCUGAUCUCACUAAAGGCAAAUCCUAACGCUUUGAGCGAGGGUAGUUUAACGCCAUUGCACGUCGCUCUUUGCUCCCAAGAGGAUCCAGAAGGGGUCUUCCACGCAGUGCGAUAUUUGGUGCAAGCGCCAGGGAUUGACCUGUCGGCUGUCUCGGGCGCCGGCGAUAAACCGCUCGAUUUAGCGCGACGAAACCAUGCACAGCCAGAAAGCGGAAGCCGAACUCAGAGCCCGAUCACGCCGCUCGACCUGGUCAAGAAGCUCGAAAUGUACAAGGAACAAAUCCUCGACACGGCAGACAUUGAAUUGGAGAAUUUCGAUGCGGCCAUUGGAGACACUGUCGAGUACGAGAGGAAAAGAACCGAGUUACUGGCGCAGGCGCGGACCCUCAAGAAAGACCAAAAGCAAUUUCUCAGCAACAAGACGGAAUUGAAUAUGGAAAAUGCAGUCAUCGCCGGAGCCAAGCUGCUGGUUGAUGAGGUGCGUUGCCGCCGCUCGAUGACCAAGCAGUUGCAAGAAAAAUGUGGCAUCGCUGAAGAGGACAUCCUCUAUAAAGGUAUCGACAAUUCCGGAAGGGAAUCGGUCAAGAUGCGCGAUUUGACGGCUGGACGGACCUCAUCAGUCGUCGAGUCUUUCGUCGACUUCAAGAGACAGGUCGAUUUCAAGACCAAGGUCAUCGACGGAAUCGUGGCAAAGUAUGGUGAGGAACGGCCGUUGACCAGAAAGCGCACUCGCCAAUCGCUGCCCGCGAAAUCCAGGCCGGAAGAUCUGAAGACGCCGAAGCGAGCCCGCUCCACCGCCGACAUCGACGUGAUGAAUGUGAACCGUAUACUGGGUAAAUAUGCCCAGGAAGUCGCCUCGGAGAUCAAAAACGAAUUCUUCAGCUCGGCCAGGUCUCGGCACAUCUCACCGAUCCCCCUCGAUUUCUCGGCGCUCGACGACACCGAUUCAAGUGAAGAC